AUGUUGAUCACGUCGCUCUUUGUUUCCAACGGUUUUUUUAAGGGGUAUGUCGACAUUGUACGUGUAGCAUCGGCGCUGUUUCUUAUUCUGCAGAUUAUCAUCAUUGUAGACUCGAGUUAUAGUUUACGGGACUAUAUUCUGGACAAGAUGGAUGAAGCAGAUCGUGACGAGGAUGCUCGUUACAUGCUCUUGGGAAGUAGCUUUGACUCAAUACAAGGAGGCAGAUCGACAAAGACCAUGUGGGAAGGAGUGUACAUGACCUUGGUUCUCAUUUGCAUGGUGUUGUCCAUCGGGGGAACUGUUUUAAUGUACAUGUACUAUGCAGAGUGCGACUUGAACAUUCUGUUUGUCUCGAUAACACUGCUAUCGAUGAUUAUUCUGACUGUAUUGAGCGUCGUGGCGUGGGUGAAUGUGGGGCUUCUGCCAUCGACUGCGGUAUCUCUUUACCUCAUGGUAUUGUGCUAUCAGGCAGUUCGAGCGAACCCAAGUGCGGCGGCAUGUGUGCCGUCAUCUUUGUCAAGCCACGAGAAGGCUCAGAAUCAAUCAGGCGUGAUAAUGAACUCAUUGAUUGCAGCGCUCACGAUUACCUGGACGAGCUGGCGAACAUCAGCGACCAGUACACCCUUUUUCGGCUCGUCAACUGUGUACAAGCAGUCUGACAACACACGCGAUGAAGAUGACGAAGAGCUAGCGAGUAUUGGCCUGACAUUUGCUCGUAUAGGAGAGGAAGAUCAUUCUGAUGUGCAGGUCGUAUCUGACUACCAAUUCCACGUGCUCAUGGUACUGGCGUCGCUGUACAUGGCAAUGGUUCUUACAAACUGGGGAAGCUUCGACGGAUCUUCGUCGAAUGGUGACGCGAUAGUUACAAUGUGGGUCAAAGUGAUCUCGCAAUGGGUGGCAUCAGGGCUUUUUCUUUGGACACUCGUGGGACCUGCAGUAUUUCCCGAUCGUAAUUUCUCGUAA